AUGUGCCCCAGCCGGCUGCAGGUGGUCUUCCUGGCGGAGGGGCCCAUGGUGCAGGACCUGUCCAGGGUGGCAUUCAUGCAUAUGGAGAUCUCCUUCCCGGGCCCGGUGGCCGGCGAUUACGAGCAGUACCGGGCCAAGGUGCGGCACUUUCUGACCGAGCAUCGCGGCAUUGUCCGGAGGGACUCGCUGGUUGGCGACAUCGAGGGGCACGGCAUCAUCAUGAUGAGGGUGAAGCGCAUGUGGGACGGCCGGUGGCGCGGCACCUCGGCCGGCUUGUACUCCGGCCUGACCGAGGUGCUGGUCACCUGUGCCCAGGGCCCGCUGGAGGGGUCGCCGAAGGUUGUCCUGCUCGGCGGCCGGGCCGGGCCCGUGCCCUGGGGCAUCCCCCUGCGGGUGUUCCGCGGGGCACAGCAGCAUGACGAUGUGGUCAUGCCGAUGUGCACCGGCAUGCAGCUCUCCCGCGACCCGGGGGCCAUUGCCGCCCUGAGGGUGGAGCUUCUGGGCAGCUGGCUGCCAGUGGUCAGCGGCGAGCCACCGGGGUGCCAUGUGCACGGCCGGCCGGGGGGCGGUGUCCCCUCGCAGGCCGGCCACCCGGCCAGGGACGCGAAGAGGCGUGUGGCGAAUGGCUGCUUCCCGCCGAGCCUGGCCCUGAGGCCCGCCCUGUUUGACGCCGUCUUCCCGGAUGCCGGCGCAUCUCUGGUGGAGGCCCCCUGCAAUCUGAGGUACCUCGAGGAGGCGGGGUCCUUCGCGACCGUGGAGUAG